UUGGUCGAGCUGCACGUGCACGUCAACCAGAAGGCUUACACUGCGCAGUAGAGGUCCUGUGAGUGCCAGGGAAGAAGAGGCACAGGAGGAUGAUUUAUCUAAAAAGCAACAGCCUCAGAGUGACGCAUUGCACUCUAUCCCCUUUACAAGAAAUAGGUACAAGAAAGUGGAACAGGCUUCAGAGGGUAUUUCUCCAAGGAGGUCGCCAUGUGUCACGAGUGCAGAGAAAUCGCCAGGAGCUCUUCGUUUGAAGGAGAAAGCUAUCUGUGGUAUACCCCUCCCACAGGAAGAAGAUAUGAAUGAAAACUCAACGCUGACAGGGAACAGUGAUCUUCCCAAGCUGUGGCUCACUGAAACACCUGCUGCAAAAUCGGAGAAGGACGCCAAGAAGCCUUUUCUCAGGAAAUCACUGCGUAUUGCCAAGAUGCUGAACCUAAGCACAUCAGUUAACAUUGACUCCAGUUGUAUGCCUGAUAGUGGCACCAAAUCAGAGGAGCAUGUGGAUGCCAGUUGUGAGCCAACUAUGAUGAAGCAAACCGAAAUGCAAAGUCCAAAGAAGAAAGAGAAGACUGAGGCAAUCAAAGUUGAUCAAGAAAGCCCGGAUGAGGGUAAAGUCUUAAGGCGAUCGUCCCGUGUCUCUGUCACUAGCCCCAGCUCUGUGCGUGAGCGUGAGUCUUUGUCAACGAAGUCCAAGUGUAACAAAGAGUUGCAAAGUGAAAGUGGCUCAGAUGGUGCCAUGGCCGCAGACUCCAAGCACAGUUUUUCAGAUAAGGAAGUACAGACGGUGAUUUGGAAAAUCACAUUAGGAACUGAGGAAGAAUUGACGCCUCAAGACCCAGAAACAAAAGACGGACUGUUGCUGCAAGAUACCGGGGACACCACCUCCACCUCCCCUGCUCUCAGAAAGGGUGGGGACACCUCCUCCUCCUCCUCCACCCCCCCCAGGAAGGCCAGGGUCGCCUCCUCAUCCCCCUCCCCUAGAAAGACCAGGGUCACUUCUUCCUCCUUCCCCUCACCCUCCAUCAGCAAGGUUGUGGUCACCUCCUCCUCUCCCAGUAAGGCCAAAGAUGUUUUCUCCUCCAUCCGCUCCACCAGGAGGACCGGGGUUGUCUCCUCCUCCUCUCCCUCCCUCAGGAAGGCUAAGGAUGUCUCCUCGUCCCCCUCCCUCAGGAAUGCCAAGGAUGUCUCCUCGUCCCCCUCCCUCAGGAAGGCCAAGGAUGUCUCCUCGUCCCCCUCCCUCAGGAAUGCCAAGGAUGUCUCCUCGUCCCCCUCCCUCAGGAAUGCCAAGGAUGUCUCCUCGUCCCCCUCCCUCAGGAAGGCCAAGGAUGUCUCCUCGUCCCCCUCCCUCAGGAAUGCCAAGGAUGUCUCCUCGUCCCCCUCCCUCAGGAAUGCCAAGGAUGUCUCCUCGUCCCCCUCCCUCAGGAAGGCCAAGGAUGUCUCCUCCUCCCCCUCCCUCAGGAAGGCCAAGGAUGUCUCCUCCUCCCCCUCCCUCAGGAAGGCCAAGGAUGUCUCGUCCCCCUCCCUCAGGAAGGCCAAGGAUGUCUCCUCGUCCCCCUCCCUCAGGAAGGCCAAGGAUGUCUCCUUGUCCCCCUCCCUCAGGAAUGCUAAGGAUGUCUCCUCGUCCCCCUCCCUCAGGAAGGCCAAGGAUGUCUCCUCGUCCCCCUCCCUCAGGAACACCAAUGAAGUCUCCUCCUCCCCCUCCCUCUGGAAGGCCAAAGACGUUUUCUCCUUCCCCUCACCCAAGAAGACCAGGGAAACUGCCUCCUCCUGCUCACCCAGGAAGGCCGUGGGCACCGCCUCCCCAGCUUCCGCACUAAAGGCCGGAGACACCACCUCCCCCUCUUCCCCCCUGAACGCUGGGAAAACCUCCUCCUUUCCCUCUCCCUCCCCGCUAAAGGCCGGGGACACUGCCUCCCCCCUCUUCCCCCUGAAGGCUGGGGAACCUCCCUCCUCCCCCUCCCCCUCAACCCUAAAGGCAGGGGACACUGCCUCCUCCCCAUCGCCCCUGAAGACUGGGCUCACUGCCUCCUCCCCCACCCCCCUAAAGUCUGAGGACACUGCCUCCUCCCCCUCACCCCUGAAGACUGGGCUCACUGCUUCCUCCCCCUCGCCCCUGAAGACUGGGCUCACUGCCUCCUCCCCCUCGCCCCUGAAGACUGGGCUCACUGCCUCCUCCCCCUCUCCCCUGAAGACUGGGUUCACUGCCUCCUCCCCCUCCUCCCUGAAGGCCAGGCACAUUGCCUCCUCCCCCUCCCCCAGGAAGACCAGCUCCCACAGGAAAUCUCAGGAGUCUGCUGCUAAGAAAAUGCCUCUCAUCAAAACCUGGAACCUCAGGCGUCAGAGUCUUAAAUUAGGAGAUGUGCCAUCAAACGCUGAGGAGAAAGUUGACACUGAACCUCCAACUACGAGUGUAGUAAGCUCAAGAGAAGAGGUGGCGGACAAGGAGGAAAGGGAGAAGGCUGAAGUAAAGGAAGCUGAUAAGAUCAUCAAAAAAGCAAAUGACCAGGUGACAGAGGUUCCAGAAGAUUUGGGUCAAGAAACGCAAGAGAAACCUAUGGAAAAGCGUAAGAAGACAACCAAAUCAGGUGACAAAGCGAUGCAUCAGCUGAUUAUGAGUAACCUGGAUUCCUCAAAGACAUUCGGUGAGCUUCAAAUUGCUGUCAUACGUUUCUUCAUGGAAAAACAGUUAUCCAUCACUUCAGUCGGCAUCAGAAAAUCCAGAAAGCAUGGCCAUGUAACAUUUCUCACCAGGAAAGAUCUUAUCCAAGCAUUGCAAAGCAAUGGCGAGGAAUUAUUGGGCCGCCCUUUGCAAUUGAUUAGACCUGAAUGGAUUGAGACGUCUUUGGCAACUGAUCAUGGGAAGAAACGAAAGCUGACGGAAUUAGACCAGGAGUCUGCGGUCCCAUCGCUGGCAAAGAAAAAACGAAUUCAAAAGUCUGCUUUAAUUAAGAGCAGGAAGAAAAGUCCACUUCUCAUAAGGAAGAGAAAGUCAUCAGUUGUUUCAGCAAAGAAAAGUAGGAAGAAUUCUCUGUCUCCCAUUGAGAAGGAAAAAUCAAUAACAGAAGUGGAGAAAGACGGUGAGCUGAAUAAACCUCUUCAAAAGAAGAAGAAAAAGAAGAAAGUUCAGGAAGAAGGAGAGAAAAAGCAAGUGGAGGAAUGCUUAACUCUUCCGUCUUCACAGAAGAAAAGAAAACUGGAAGAAACAAUUUUAGAUGAGAGCGAGGACAAAGCAGCUCUGCUUCAGAAGAAAAAGAAGAAAAAAUUAGAAAAAGCUCUUGUGAAAGAGGAAAGAGAAGUGGAAAAAGGGGAUGCUUGCCUUCCACCAAAGAAGAAAAAGAAAAAGCAUCAGGAGAUGGCUGAUUUAAACAAGGAAAAAGAUGGGAAAGAGGAAGCUGCCCCCCAAAAGAAGAAAAAUAAGAAGGCUUCCUGGUGUCUUUACCUGCAGAACAUUGGGUUCCAGCAGAAACAUUCUAAGAUAAAGGCAUCUAUUGGCAGUUUUCUAAAGGAAAAGUCUAUUAACUACAAAGAGAUUGUACUCCAUCCUUCCAGAUGUUCUGCUUGCAUUGAACUGCAUUGUGAGGAAGAUGUGGACAAGGCAUUGAAACUUGAUGAGUGCAGGAUCAUUGGGGAAGCAGUAAAGAUGAACAAAGUGGUGAAACUGGGAGCUCUGGAUGCUGAAAGUCGAAGGACGCUGUACAUUAGAAGUCUUCCAAGAGAAGUGUCUGCCAAGAACCUUAAAAAGCUAUUUGAGAAAGUUGCUGGUGUUUGGAUACAGGAGAAUCAGAAAAGCACCAAGAGGUUUGCCUUAAUUGCAUUCAAAACAACAGAAGCAGCAGAUGGUGCCCUAAGUAAAAGUGAAAUUGAAUGCAAGGGAAGUCUAAUCCAAUUGCAAUCCGUGCAUCAGAGGAGCAGAGAGAAAAAGAAGAUUCUUAUGGUGAAGAACUUCCCUCGUCCAUUGAGUAAGACGUAUCUGAAGUCUCUGUUUACUGAUGCUGAGGAUAUCCGAGUCUCUGAAAAAAAUGACCGCCAGGCACACGGAAUUGCUUAUAUAGAAUACAAGACAGCCAAGCAAGCCAAGGCAGCCCUGAAACGGUUCAAGGAAAAGGGGGUUCAGGGGCAAGUGAUUCAAAUCGACUCUCUAGAGGUAAAAAAAGAGAAGCCAGAAAAGAGUCUCCUUCAAGGGACAGAGGAAGAGAAACAAGAAAGGAAAAUCACUGAAGCAAAGAAGGAAGGAAGCCUAGAAAGGAGACUUUCUGCUCCCUGUGACUCCCUGUUUGUGCAAAACUUGUCAUCAAAAGCGACACUGGACGAUUUGAGGUCAACCUUCAAAGGUUCCACAGGUGCCAAGAUACAGUCUUCAAAAAAGCAGUAUUAGCUGAAUAAUGGCCCAAGACAGAAGGAAGUGAAAAGUCAAGAUUGUAACCAAUGUUUCAAUUAUAUGUCUGUGCUCCCAACUGUGAGACUUUUUGGGUCUUGCUGCUUGUCAGCUGGAACCCUGUUUUCAAUUGAGAUCUACAAUGAAGACUCCCCUGAAUCUGAGGUCAUCUUAUUUCAACCUCACAUUUUUAUGGUUGUGUGGCAUGCCCGACCGAUUGUGUCCUUACCUGUUAUUUCUCCAGUUACCCACAGCCUUUUCUCAAUUUACAGAAGGAUGUGUUCCUGGAAAAAUGCUUUAAGCAAAACUUUGUAAAUUAAGGCAGCAAAAUGUAUAACAGGCAUUUUGCUCCAGUGGAUUCUAACAUACAGAGAGCAGCGCAUUGCUAAAAGACCAAAGAGUCGUGGUGUACAGUGAGAAUUCGUAAAUCAAGGAAUCACUGUAUUGCAAUCUCUAUAGAGCAGCAGGGCUGCAUUGGUUGGGAAUCCUGAGGGAAUCUGCCCCAGAUGAUGAGAGUUGUGGCACUGGGUGUAAUGAUUGCUGGCUCGUGCAGAUCCCAUGAACAAUACUUACAUUGACAAUUUGCAAACCAGAAAUGAUUAUCAAGAUCAAAGAUGGAUUUCCUGAGGGGAAAACCCAUUUUCUCGGUGUUGUUUUCAUCCAAUCUCACUGGCAAGAUGGGUUAGUAAACCUAAUAUUACAGUCCACAUACAGGAGAUGAUAGCAUCACAGACCAAGAAGGAUGUAUUCCUGAUUCCCUCCUUAUGAGGUAAAAUGUGAGCCAUGGAUCCCCCUCUUGGUUGAUAUCUGGUCAAGAUUAACUUACUUAAGCCUAUUGUCCCGACUGGGGCAUAGGCCAUUGACAGCAGUUCGCCACAGAGUCUUCUGUCCUAAGCCAGUCUUCCAAGUUGUCCCCAGCUUUGAAGAUCCUUCCUGUCCCAGGGAUGAGGUCUUUGGAGGUUCUGUUGGGUUUUUAUGGGAUGGAGUCAUGAGCCCCAUGCUCAGCCCUCUCCCUCUCACAACCGAGCUUGGGACCUUCCAUAGUGGAGUUGGUCAAGAUUAAACAUGACUUUUAAUAUUGUUUAGGAUCAAUGAUGGAUGGGCUAAUAGGUGACUGGCUGGUUAAACCCUUACUUUAUUUUCUGUGGUUUUAUUUUCUCUGAAGUAUUUGUUUCUCCCCAAGAACCUUUGCCUUUUCCCACCUGUGUUCAAAGCUCAGUUCACUUAACUUUGAUGUAUUGGACCACACCUUAACAUCAGUCACUUUCAUCCAUCGACCUGUAUUUAAUACGCUCUUUUCAGGAUCACUGCCUGACCCUGGGGUGGUGUGUGUAGAAUUUGCACGUCAUUCAUAAGAUCAAGUGAGUUUCUCCAGUUUCUACACACAUCUCAAAGACGUGCAGGUUGGUUGGUUAAUUGGCUACUGUGUAGUGUUGGUGAGUAGUAAAACUGAUGGGGACAAUAAGCUACAGGGCAAAAUUUAUGUGUGUGUGUGUGGGGGGGGGUGGAAUUAGUAUUGCUUUGUGAGCUGGCAGAGACUGAUGGACUGAAUGUCAAGAGCAAAUAUGAAUAUGAAAGAAAUACAAAUUAAGCCAUUUCUUAAAGGCAGAUAGUUUUUAAAAAGAAAAUGUAAAUUUAUUUUAUCUUUGACUUGACAUUGUCUCAGUUUUUGAACUAGGUCAACAUAUAAUUACGGUUAUAGAUGGAAAACUGAUUAGAUACUGGUUUCAUUAAAAAUAAGUUGAUGUGUAUUGUCUUU